GAAGUGUCUGCUGAUGUGAACCGGAGAGGAACCGGAGAAGGAACCGGAGAGGGAUGUAAAAAAAACGGGAAAUAACGGCUCUGAGCGGAGUUUUAGUGAAAGUAGACACAUUUAACCAGAAGAUAAGGAGAAGAACUCGGCAGACGGGAUGGUUUUAGCCGCCUACGUCUGGUUUUUGUUGGUAUUUUGUUCGGUGGGAGCAGCGAAGGAUGAAGAAGACUGGGUUCAUCUGCCCAACAAAUGUGAAGUCUGUAAGUUUGUCAGCAUUGAGAUGAAGUCGGCGUUUGAGGAGACGGGAAAAACCAAAGAGGUGAUCGACAGAAACUAUCGAUUCAUCGACGGAAAGGGAGCGCCGCCCAUCAAGUACCACAAGUCAGACCUGAGGUUCAUCGAGGUGGUAGAAAACGUCUGUCAGAGGCUGCUGGAGUACAACCUGCACAAAGAGAGGACUGGCAGCAACCGCUUCGCCAAGGGCAUGUCUGAGACCUUCUCCACCCUCCACGGGUUGGUGAACAAAGGAGUGAACGUGGUGAUGGAUAUUCCCUUUGAGCUCUGGAACGAGACCUCAGCAGAAGUAGCUGACCUGAAAAAACAGUGUGACGUCCUGGUGGAGCAGUAUGAGGACGUGAUUGAAGACUGGUAUAAAGGCAGCCAGGAGGAGGACCUGACCACAUAUCUGUGUGAGAAGCAUGUUCUGAGAGGACAGGACACGGCCUGUCUGCAGGAGGAAUUCUCCGGCAGGAAGAAGGGAGACCAGGCAGCCAUCGCAGAGGACAAGAAGAAGAAAAAGAAGAAGAAGAAGGGAGGAAAGAAGGGGAAAGGAAGAGGGGAGGACGGGGGAGACGGAGGGGACGGGGGUUCGGAGAAGAAGAAGAAGGAGAAGAAGAAGAAGAAGAAGAGUAAAGCCCUGGUGGAGAAGAUGGAUGGAGGGAUGGACGGAGGGGCCACAAGGGACGAGGAGAUCCAGCCUCAGGUGCCUCUGUCUGGGCAGAAGACAGAGCUGUGAGUCCCUCCUCCUCCUGGAAGUCUGGAGGUCCACCUUAGUAAAACUAGUCUGCAGCUGGAUUCUGUUCUGUUAACGGAAACUUUCUGUCUGGAUUCUGUUACAAUUAACGGUUUCUAAGGUCUGGAACCUGGUGCUGUUUGUUAUGUGAGGAAUCAGAGGCCACCUCAACAUUUAUAUCCAGUAUUUCAAACUUAUCUCAUGUUUCUGCUCUUAUUUUGGUCAUUUUCUCCCUCAUGUUGGCUGAAUCCAGGCUUUAAAACUCAGAUUCAUCUCAGUAAAACCCCUUAAGGGUGAUUUAGUUUAUCAGAGCUGGAGUUUUAUUAGAUUUUCCAUCAGUAAGAACAACUCUGUAAGCUCCAUUUUUAAUAAUUUAACUCAUUGAUCAGCAAACAGCCAAACUGGAUCUCAUUUUCCUUCAUCAGAUGGGAUCAUUUUCUGUAUUUCUCAGGUUUGUUGUUUAGUUUUUAACUCAUAAGUCGACCUGAGAAUUAGUUUUAGCGGCUCUUUGGGUCCUGAAAGCUCCUGAUUGCUACUUUAGACUAAAUAAUUUAUAAUAAACUGAUAAAUAUCUGCAUUAACACUGGAUCUGUGACUCCUCAGAGUUUAAAGCUGUGACAACUCAAGAAAGGAGUUUAGUUUUCUGUGUUUCAGCUGGAUGUUAAUUAGAUCUGAAGGUUUCUUUCUGUAUCACUGCAUAAUGGGACUGUUUGUUGAUGUUUUUUGUGUUUGUUUUAAAGCCUCGUAGUUCCAGAAAUGUUCAUUCCAGAUGUUUUUAAGAAGGAGAAGGUUCAGUUUAGUGGACGGUUAAUAAACUUUAAACACUUUAUUAGAAUCACCUCCACAGCACUCAUACUGUGUCUUUUAUAACCAUUAAGGCUAAAAUCUGCUGUUUCUAAUUGUUUUGAAUUUAAUUUGUUGUCUGAAAUUCAUCUGGUGACCCACUGCUGUAUUAAACUGUAUUAGGUUGGAAUGUUCUCUUAAUAUUUUGUCACAUUUUGUCAAAUAUGAAACUGUAAAAAGUGUUUGUCCUGCAUUAGAUUGCUCAGGUGUUCCUAUUAAAAUGUUCGUUAUUCAGUGAGAAACCAACCAGGAGUACAGGAGCAACUGAUUUUAUCAUGUUUAAUUAAACCUAGCAGAGAAUUGUCCUUUUAUUUCUGUUGAAUUUGUACCUUUAACCAUCUCAACGAAGCAGAUUUUCUCAUUUUAUGCCAAAAUACGACAAUAAUAAGGUCUCAGUUUCAGUGAAAUUCCACUUUAAACAGUAAAAACAACGUGAAGGAUUUCUAUUUUUAAUAUAAAUGUAAAUGAUUUGUGUUGUUGUUUGUUACGAUAAUUUUUUUCAUCGACGGUUUUAUUUCUGUUUGCUGUAAAAGAGCUGCUAUUUAAUGUGUGUGUGUGUGUGUGUGUUGUUGAAAGAUGAAGGUUGUGUGUGAUUUUUGCAGUUUCUCCAGUGUGUGUUUCUACCAGGUUUUUAUUGAUGGUGUGUAAUCCGCUGGCUGUGUUGCUUUUUAAACCAGAGCAUCAGAGGAUCAAUAAACAGCAUUUAAAACUC